AUGCCUAUCGCACUUCCGCUGAUCGCACUCCUGCCGUCGAACCGACUCAUCCUCGUCCCUCCUCUGCUCCCAGCCUUCGAGAAGAUGCACCGUCCUCCGAUCAUUGGAGCUCGGAGUUCUGCCUGCCACCAGGGCCACGACGUGGAGCGGGCUCCCAUUGAACCAGCGGCAGAUCCAUCUCUCGCUGAGCAGGAGAAGGCCGAAGAAGUGCUGAAAGCCGCGAUGGUGUCCGGCAACGAGGCGAUCCUGCGACUUGCCAUGACGGAUGCAAUGCAGCACAAGGUCAACCCUGAGGCCCGCGGGAUGCGGCAACGCAGCGGCGGCGCAUGUGCACCCAAAUUCUCGCAGGUCCUCCAUUCAGCACUCCAAGCCCUAUGGGCCGCUGAGCUUGGACGUGCUCCGCCAGGGGUAAGCAAACCCUUCCUGAAGGCCAUGGGGCAGAGGUCCGGGCAGUUCUCGCCGCCUCAGCGCCAGGCUGUGCAUGCCACGGCUGGCUUCGACUGUAGAGAUGGAGCCAAGCCUUUAGGACUGCAGGUGUGCCGGAGGUGCGACUCGCUCUUCAAGGAACUUCAGAAUCCGGAGCAGUUCCCUGAUGUGGACAACCAACUUGAGCAUCUCUGCCGGGAGGCGCGGCAGUCUGACGAAGCGGUGCUUCGGCAGAGUGUCUUCGGCCUUAUGGAGCCUCAAGACAUCAAACUCUUCCUCUGCGCGCCGGACAACAAGCUCUGGCACGAGAUCAUCGGGCAAACAGAGCAUUUUGUGCGGGAUCUUGGCGACGAUGACAAAUUCAGAGCUCCACUGGACAGUGUCGAAGAGAUGACGCCGUCGUCAAAGGACGAUCGGCUGCAGAACUUGAAGCCCAUAGUGAUGGACCACACCGUUCGGGAACCCGCGACCAACACGCCCUUUGGUCACACCGGGUACAUGAAGUACCUGACUCUGCAGAUCAUCCGAAAGAUGUUCUUCAAAGACAUUGCGAUCACCGGCCUCUACUACAAGGACUCCUACACCCCCGAGAAUCAGAUCCUCGAAGAGCUGCGGGACCGUAACGACAGCAUGGAGGGGCUGGUGGCGAUGUUCGGUCCAGGCGAAGAGGACCGCAAGGCGGGCAUGGCUGCCAUCAAGGACUUCAAAAUCCCGAACGCUUUCCUGGACCUCACCCUCAAGGCCAGUGUGCGUUUCGCCGCCGCAGAUUUCGUGCAGUCCAUCUUAGAGGCAGUCGCAGAUCUGGACAGGAUCUUCACCGACAUGGGCCUUCCGGGAGAUCCCUGGCGAAGUGACGAAGAGUUGGGCGGGGAGCAUGGCAAGGCCGGCAUGGGCGAGAUUUCCUUGAACCUUGUGGACUUGAUGGAGUUCCUGGACUUGAAGACGGAUGGCGCCAUGAAUCCUGAAAGAAAGACCGAGGCCGAAAGAGCCUUCCGGACUUGGAAGGCCGACGAGGCUUUCCAGCGGAGAGUCGUGGCCAUCUUGACAGAGGAAGGCCGAGGAUGCGCCAACUACAUAGACUAUGGGACGCUGGUCGAGUGGCUUCGGAAGUUCUUUCCGGAGACCGAGCACUACCGGAUCUUGGUUCACGCACAUGGUGGCAGCGGCAACACUCAGGAUGCAGCCAGUGUGGAAAGUGUACUGAAGGGAGGCAAUGGCGUCUGGGCUGCAGUAAUCCCACAGGCAGCUCAACAGGGACACAACUCGUCGUUGGUGUUCCUGGACAACAUGCUGUCGCUCGGGAACAAGAAUGUCCUCGAGGACUUCUGGCUACACCAGGCAGCCCAGUGUGCCAGGCACUGCUACUACCUGAACUUCAACACCCACCACAUCCCUGACGACUGCCCUAUCUGGGGUGCCCGUGGCAAGCAGCUUACCCACUCGGCAUUCUGCACCGUAACAGGCGAAGAGUGGCGCCGGAAGAGCAGCGACUAUUACGACAUUUGGUCUGACGACAUGAGAGUGGCCUUCGCGCAGGUUGGCCAGAGCAAGUUGUCCAAGGAGAUCGUGCAACUGCGUGCAGAAAGACGCAACCAAGGCAGCUUCCGCGUGUCGCCUCUCGUCUCCGACCUCGACGUCUGGAAGAAGAGACUGGACGAAGCUCGAGUUCUCCAGGGACGAGAACGACCCGGAGACUUCUAUAAGCAAAUUCGCUGCUUAGCCUUCGCACUCAUGAACGCAAACAUCCGAGCCAACUUCGAUGAGGCGCACACCUUGAAAGAACUGGCGCGCAUCGUUCGAGACAGGAAGCAACGAAAGGAGCACGUUCCGGAGAUCACGAACUACGAGAAGGCGAAGCAGCACCAGGGGCACACCGCCAUGAUUGCCAUUGCCUUAGCCACGUCCGGGCGUCGGCUGGGAUCUGCAAAGCAAACCCAGAUGAACCGCUGGGCCGUGCUGUGGCUCUGCGCGGUGGCUGGGCUAUUGCUCUGCGCGGUGGCCGCGCUAUGGCUCUGCGCGGUGGUCUGGGCCGACGCGCAGGAGGAGUUAAUCCAAGCCGUCCUCCAGGAGGAUGGCAGGAGAGUGUUUGAUCUGCUCUAUUACAGGCAGGUCGACAUUAGCAACAUUCGCACUGCUGAAGGCCAGACGUUGCUGCAUCGAGCCUCCGUCUUGUGCUCGAUUGCCAUUUUACACAACCUGGUUGCCUUUUGGCCGGACGGUGUGCAAGUGGCUGACGAAUUUGGAUUAAGGGCCCGGGAUGUCCACGGUGACACACCCUUGCACUAUGCUGCAAGAAAAUGUCUGGUCAACUCGGAGGUGUGGGAAACUCUGACAGACAGGUGGCCGGCAGUUGUGCUUCAUGUCACCAACAACGCGGGCAACACUCCGCAACGACUUUGCAUGCAGAGUGAGCUGGUAGAAGCCGUCCGCCGCAACAAUGCCAGCAGAGUGGCGGAGAGGCUGUCCGCCGGGCAGUUCGACGUUAGCAGUACUCGCACAGUCGACGAGUUCUCUCCAGCUAAAGGCCAGACGUUGCUGCAUGAAGCCUCCGCCUGUUGCUCGUUUGACGUCUUGCGCUUGCUGGUCGAAGCCUGGCCGGACGGUGUUCAAGUGGCUGACGAAUUUGGCGAAACACCUCUGCAUUCGGCUUUUGAAGGCAUGUUUAAUUCUAAUUGCAAGUGGUAUACCCACUCACCUUUAGAUGAUGUCGAGCCGCUACUGGAGGCAUGGCCCGAAGGAGUAAGCGCCCAAGAUGUCCACGGUGACACACCCUUGCACUAUGCUUCAAGAGAAUGUCAUGUCAACUUGGAAGUUUGGGAAAUGCUGACAGACAGGUGGCCGGCAGGUGUGCUUGCCACCAACAACGCGGGCGACACUCCGCUACGACUUUGCAUGCAGAGCAUACAGUCUCACAUGCAGAGUGAGCUGGUAGAAGCUGUCCGCCGCAACAAUGCCAGCAGAGCGACGGAGCUGCUGUCAGGUGUCCAAGUGGCUGACUCCAAUGGACAAGUGCCUCUGCACCUGGCUGUUGAAUAUGGUUCGUUUGACGUCUUGCGCUUGCUGGUCGAAGCCUGGCCGGAAGGUGUCCAAGUGGCUGACUCUAAUGGACGAGUACCUCUGCAUGUGGCUUUUGAACGGAGCGUUGAGCCGUGUGGGCCAUCCGGCAGAGACACGAUACUGGUGCUGCUGGAGGUAUGGCCCGAAGGACUACGAGCCGCAGAUGUCGAUGGUGACACACCGCUUCACUUUGCUGCAGGACCUUGCUGGCGCUCAGAAACGUGGAAAAUCCUCACUGACAGCUGGCCCGCAGAUGUGCGUGCUGCCCUGCGCGUCACCAACAACAAGGGCGACACUCCGCUGCAUGCAGUUCCAUUCCGGACGGGGGACUGGGACUAUGAUCUUUUACAGGUCGUAAAGCAGGUGUGGCCGGACGGUUCUAUGCCGACUGUCCACAGACUUCAAUGCGAGCUGGUCGUCGCAGCGGCUUGCAACGUGACCGCACCCUGGUUCCAGCCAUCCUGGCAAGAGCACGCUGUAGACUUCAACUGUCUGUCAUUCCGACAGCUCUCGAAGCCUGCGGUGCAGCUUUGGUUGAGCUGCGGCGGUUAUGUGGGCUGGCGAUCUCCUUCAGGGAUUCCUUUGUGGGCAGAUUUGGAUAACCCAGACGCCAGGGACUUCUUGAAAGCGCAAGUCUCGACGACAACCCUGAUCUCCGCCAUCUCCGCCGCCCUCCAAGAUGUGCGCACCUGGGUCGUUCCUGGCUGCGUGGUCCUGGUGACCUGCGCGGUCGUGGCCCUCGAACAGAAACUCUUGCAAAGGAAACGGCAGCGCGCAAGUUUGCAUUCGACCGCGAAGCGUUUGGAUCCGUUCCAGAACGGUGCUAUGCUUCUAGUCAGUCGAGCCUUUUCAACCCACGGAACGCUUUGGCGACUCUCGUGUUGGCUGGAAGUUUAUACUGCCAUCUAUCUUUUUGGCUUCGCACUGAUUGUUGCCUAUUGGGCCUGGUGGUUGCCUGUGGUGACUCUGGCUUACUUCAUCCCAGCAGUUCGACUGCGUGGGCUGCGGGCCUUGCUCCGUGCUCCGGCUCUGGCAAUACUGAGCCGGGGGUUUCCCAGCCAAGUUAUUGCCCUCCUCCGCACUUCAGUAUUGAUGGGCAUUGUCCAUUUUCUGACGGCCAUCGCCUUACAGGUACAAGCGAUUCACGGCACAAUCAUCAAUCCGUUUCACGCGGAGUGGAGACUUCAUAGAUUCGGUGGCGGGCACUGGGCACCAUGGGUCGGUGACUACCAGAUCUGGGGUUUGUGGGACAACAGUUCUUUCGGGCCUAUAAGCGCCGCAGAGCUUUUCAUGUGCCUAUAUUUUUUCAGCCUGGUGGUCGUCCUGUCUUAUGUGGUGUGGUUGGCGCUUGUCGUCGUCAUGGGCUGCGCGAAGCGACUCCCUGGUGGCCGAGGGGAUCCAGAGCCUGAAGACCUUCAAGAAGUAGCUCUGCAGGCUGUGAAGGAUCUCUUGGAGCAGUCGCCGGAGCAAUUCGUUGAGGUUCAUUCGAAAAUCAAGCCAGUUGUGGCGCUUGCUUGGCCUUGGCAGGGAGGCGGACUGUGGUUGAGUGUUGCAGUGGUGAUGCUAGAUGUGGGCCUGGAUGUCAACACCGUUGGGACUUUUCUCCUGUCACGGGACUACUUCUUCGCUGCCGUUCUGAUAUUCAUUGUGGUGCGGAGCACCCUGAAGCAGCUGUGCGUCCUUCCCUUGUGGCGUCUCCGCCAGGCUGUCACAGCCAGCGCAGAGCGCGGCAUUCCGCGGCAAGACAUCUUGGACUUCCUGGAGGAGAUUUGA